GAGAGAGGGUUCACUAUAGGCGGGGCUCGUGAUGUGAGGGCUCCUGGCGGACGCAUGCGCAGCGCCUCGCGCGUGGCAAAGCGGUCACCACUAUGCUCCGCUGGGCCAGCGUCUGCAAGGCCUCCCGCGGGGCGCUCAGUCCCUGCAGGCCCAGCACUUCGAGGAUACCUGAAGCUCUCAGGAGGAGUAGUGGCGGUGACCGAGGGCACGCCGAGCCGAGGCCGCUGCCGCUAUCCUACAAGCUUCUGGACGGGGAAGCGGCCUCCCCGGCCCUCGUUCUCCUGCACGGACUCUUCGGCAGCAAAACUAACUUCAACUUCAUCGCCAAGUCCUUGGCUCAACAGACUGGCCGAAGGGUGUUGACUGUAGAUGCUCGGAACCAUGGUGACAGCCCCCACAGCCCGGAUGUGAGCUAUGAGGCCAUGAGCCAAGACCUGCAGGACCUCCUGCCCCAGCUGGGCCUGGCACCCUGCGUCCUUAUCGGCCAUAGCAUGGGAGGAAAGACAGCCAUGCUGUUGGCCCUGCAAAGGCCCGAGCUGGUGGAACGUCUGAUUCCUGUGGACAUCAGCCCAGUGGCCCAUACUUCCUUGUCACAUUUCUCCACCUACGUAGCAGCCAUGAAGGCCAUAGACAUCCCAGAUGAGCUGCCUCGAUCCAGUGCCCGGAAACUGGCUGAUGAGCAGCUCAGCCAAGUUGUCCAGAACUCAGCCGUGCGGCAGUUCCUGCUCACCAACCUGGUGGAGAUCAACGGGCGCUUUGGUUGGAGGGUGAAUUUGGACGCCUUGGCCCAGCACAUGGACGACAUCCUGACCUUCCCUCAACGACAGGAAUCCUACUCUGGCCCAACCCUCUUCCUCAUCGGUGGAGACUCUGCAUUUGUACAGCCCAGCCACCACCCUGAGAUAAAGCGACUCUUCCCUCGAGCACAGAUGCAGACUGUGCCCAACGCAGGCCACUGGGUCCAUGCCGACCGCCCACAGGACUUCAUAGCUGCCGUGAAAGGCUUCUUGACCUAAGAGUUGCCCCUGCAAGAGGGACCAGGAGACGCUGGGCUUCUCAUCACUCCAUCUGGCUCAUCUUUCCAUACAGAAGGACUCAGGCUGAGUGGACAUCUGGUGCAGGGACAGUCAGACCUCCAGCUUUAAUGAACAGAGAUGGUGCCCCCAAAGUCCUGGGCCAGCCUCUUACCACCAUCGGCCCCGCCGACCCUGAGGCAGUUGGGCCUGGAGGCUCCUGGCAGCACCAGCGUCCCCACGGAUGCCCAGCACACCCCCAGCCUCACUCUGCAGCUGACUCUGCACCAGCUUCGCCACUAACUGCUGCAUGUCCUCCUGUGGGGGAGAGCAGGGUCAGGGCUAGCCCAGUCACAUCCCCACCUCUCCCAGUCCAGCCAGCACUCCAUCCUACCUCCCAGGCCUCCACCUCCUGCUUCAGCCUCAGUUUCUCCUCUAGGACCUCCAGCAGCUGGGCCUCUACAGCACACAGCCUGGCCCUGCAUGUGUCCAGCUCGGCCUCCACCGCUUGCUUCCUGCAGGCAUAGGAAUAGCAGCUUGAGGCUCAGGGCCUCCAGGGAUGCCUGGCUCCCACCUUCCCUCCAGCAGAACAGGGCCCUGUGGGUGAGCCUGCCCCUCCCCCAGGCCUCACCCCACACCCCCUCAGCCAUCUCUCACUUGGCAAGGGCUUCAUCCCGCUCCUGGAGCACCUGGUCCAGUGAGGGCUCUGGCUGUGUGGCCCCCAGCGCUCCAGGGGAUUCUGGGCUCUGUAGGGUGAAGGGGCAGAGGGCUGAAGUUGCCUGAAUGAGGUGUCCCACCUUGGCCUUGACCCUGAUGCAGAUAUCAAGAGGGAAGGAGGCUGAGGCAGGCUGUACCUCUCCCCUGUGCCCAGUCUGUGGUUGGUCCACCAGAAAGUACACCAGGGGGAUUCAAGCCAUACCGAGGAGGUGGCAGCGGUGGCCAUUGUCUGCCCUAAGAGCCAGUAAAGUGGUCAGAGUGUCUGGACUCCCAGAGUGAGGUCUCACCAGCCCCCAGGAAAGGACAGGGCAGGUGGGUUCCGGACACUUACCCCCAGGGCCCGUACACGGAGGGUGGCCUGGUCACUGGAACUCUGCCUGACUGGUGUGGCAGCCUAGGAGGCGGCCCUUUGCCCUCCCUUCCAGAUGGGACACUCCCUAGGGAGGGCCCUGCUCCAGCAGCCCCGCCCAGGGCAAUGAGUAGGAACAAGUAGUCCCUCCCUCCUGCACCUGCAAUAACUGGUGCCUUUCCCCUCCUUGCCCCCAGGGGGCGCUGUAUCCUCUGCCUUCAAGGAAAGGUGCCAAGGGGUGGCUCCCUGGUACCUUAAAUGGCACCUUCCACACACACAGCUCUAACCUGGCCUCGGCAGAAAAUAAGGGAAACGUUUAUUUUGUUUUCCAGUACCACGAUUGAACUGAGGGCCUUUGCCCAGUCCAUUUUAUUUUGAGACAGUCCGGAUAAGUUACACAGACUGACUUUGAAUUCACAAGCUUCCUGCCUCAGCCUCCUGGAUAGCUGGAAUUAAAGACACGUGCUUGGCAUGAACAAAAACUUACUCCUGAGAUCUUGAAUAUCUCUUCCCCUGCACUCUUGCUCCUAACCUCUGUGACAGGUCCAGCAUUCAUUCCAAGAGCAGAUGCUGCAGGCCCAGGAUCUCAGACACAGAGCAGUACACUGGUGAUGUAAACUUGUGAAUGGAGCUCAUCACUGUUGAGAAGCCAAAGCAGCAGUGCACGUGUAUGUGUUUGAAUGUUUGUUUCUGGAUCAAACCCAGGUGCAUUCCACUACUGAGUUACCUUCCCUGUUCCCCAUUUUUGGCGGAGCAAGAGGAAGUCUCACUAAAUUGCCUGGGUAAGACUGUGAUCCUCCUGCCUCAGCCUUCCGGAGUGCUGGGAUUACAGGUGCUAGAAAACUUCAGUGCUCCCUCCAGGAAGCCCCUGCUGUGACCACUCCAGGUUGACUCUGGGUGCCUACACAGCUGGUUUUCUGCCAGUGCCAGCCUUGAUAGUGUCUUCAGUUGAAGAGGUGGCCGAGCUGUACCCAAACGUGCCCUUUCUGUGAGAUGCAUUCAGUUGAGAAGCUACCGGUACUGUGGCCCAGACAAGCCCUGAUCUCUAGGCCUCUGUAGCCACCAGAGAUGAAGCCAAUGCCAUGUAAGAGGAUGAGGGGUCUCUGGGGCAGGGCAUAGGGGCAUACAAGUCCCUGCACCAUUCAGUCUGAUGGGUUCCCCUCUGGGCUCAGGAGUCAGCCUGCAGGAGGCUUAUGUUUGCCAGACAUUUAACUUACUUUGAAACAAUUACAAGGUGUUUAAGUUCCAAAAAAUAGCUUUUGAGGGGUAAAAAAAAUUUGACAUCAGAUAUUGGAGGCAUUUUCCACUGCUGUCUAUUCUGCUCAGUCUAGGACAGGUCACAGCCUUUGUGUGUCCCAACCUUGGCUGCCCUGAAGAUUAAGGGGCCCUGUUUCAAAAAAAAGCAAUAAAUAGAUCUAGAAAAACUAGAAUUAAAAGCUUAGUAAGAGCCCAGUUGGUGGUAUGCAUCUGUAGUCCCAGAUAUCAGGAGACUUGAGGCAGUAGGAUCAUUGCAAGUUCAAGAGCAGCUGAACUACAGAGUGAGCUCAAGGCCAACCUGAACUGCAUAGUGAGACCCUGUCUCAAAAAACAUAAUUGUGCAGUGGCUGGGGAUGGAACUCAGAGCAGUUCGCCAGCAGGCACAAGGCCUUGGGUUCAGUCACCAGCACUGGAAAACAUGAUGGGAUGCACCACAGAGAGAAAGGGGGAGGGAGGGAUCGUGGAAGAGCAGGAGAAGGCUGUUCCACGUAAACCUGUGGUUGCCCUAUGGAAACCCAAAUAAUUCAUCUGCCCAGAUGAAAACCAUCCUAAUCACGCUCAGGGCUUAAAAUAAUGCUUUCAAUUCAGAGGUUCAAGAAUGCUUUGAUGGGGGGCUGGGGAUUUAGCUCAGCGGCAUAAGUGCCUGCCUUGCAAGCAGGCAGUCGUGGGUUCAAUCCCCGGUACCGAUAAAAAGGAAAAAGACAAAAAAAAAAAAAAAUGCUUUGAUGCUGGGCCUGAUGAUGCACACCUCUAAUCCUAGCACUUGAGAGGUUGAGGUAGGAGAACUGCCAAGUUCAAGGCCAGUCUGGGCUGCAUAGUGAAUUCAGGGUCUGCCUGAGCUACAUUAUCUUGACCGUGUCUCAGAAAACAGGAAAGGGGCUUUGUUUAUAAGUGAAAGCUCAAGAAAACUAUUCGGAACCUGGAGCGGGAGCUAAGGAAGACAUGGUUUUUGUUGUUUUUUUGAGACAGGGUCUCCCUAUGUGCCUUGAAUUCACUGUGUAGCCCAGGCUGGCCUUAAAUUCCUGGCAAUUCUCCUGCCUCAGCCUCCCAAGUCCCGGCAGUAUGGGGGGUGUACCACCAUGCCCAGCUAGAGACAUGAUUGUGACAGUGAGAUUGGAAAGCAGAAAUAAAAGUGAAGGGUUUGAAUAAACUUUCAAAACCAUGAGUGGAAAAGUAUUGUUUCCACAUAAAAAUCUCCUUUAAAAUAAUGUGGCUUUAACUAUUUAAAAUUUCACUACUUUUUAAAGUAGUAAUUACUCCUCAUCACUUGAAAGUUUGAAUUAUAAUAUUAGGCAAAAUUUCUUUUCAUCUGAUUAGGAAAAAGACAUUUACAUUCAGGCAUGUAAAGAAUUUCAUUCUAAAGUGCCAUCUCAGAUGGCACACCAAGUAGGGCACUGUGCAUCCCCCCAAACACACCACCUCCCUUCCGGUGCAAGUGCACCAGGCCUCAGGUAAAGCUGCAAGGUGACAGUUUUGGACUAACUGGGGCUGGGGAGAUAUCCCUUGGGCCCCUGGGUACUGGGUUUUGUGGCGAAAACAGCAGGCAUGCUGGCUGUUAUGCCUUUGAUCUAGAUGUCCCCCCAAAGCCUCAUGCAAUCAUACUUUGGCUUUUUCAGAAGUGACUGGAGCUAGAGUGUAUGGUAUCAGGAUUGACUCAUGGUACAAUGCUAGGAUCAGGGGCCUUGGGGUUAAGGGUGUGGGUGGGCAGCACUCACACCACCCACUUAAAGGAGUCUGGAUAACAUAAAACAAUUUUUUUAAGACAAGGUUUCAUUGGGGCUGGGGAUUUAGCUCAGCGGUGUGAGCAUCUGCCUUGCAAGCAGGCAGUCCUGAGUUCGAUCCCCGGUACCGAUAAAAAGGAUAUGCAGUUCAGGCUGGUCAUGAACUCACUUCGUAGCCCAGGCAGGCUUCCAACUCGCAGAAAUCCUCCUGCCUCAGCCUCCCAAGUGCUGGGAUUGCAGGUUUAUGCAGAAAAAUGUUGAGGCCCCUUGUUGCUUUUGCUACCUUGUGGGUGCCAUGAACUGUCCCUUCUGGAAUGCCAACCCUGCCUUGAAGCCAGCCAAUUAUGGACUAAAACCUCUAUGAACUGAGUUAAAUAAACCUUUUUCCCCUUUCA